AUGCCUACUAAAAUAGACACUAUAUUAUAUGUAACUGAACAUUCAGAAUUGCCAGUAAAAAAUUAUUUUUUAGUAGAAGCAAUAGUAGACAUAGAUAUCAAAAUUCCUGAUUCCAAAAUAUUUGCUCCAGGUCAAUCUGAGUCAUUGUGCCAAUUGGGAAAAC